AUGUCCGAGGAUCAGAAGGUGCCUGUUGAUGAAAUGAACGCACAAACUGUCGGUAACUCUACACCAGAGACUGCUAACAAAGACCUUCUACAAGUGCGCGUUAGUGAUAGCAACACCGAAGUUUACUUCCGUGUAAAACGAGACACACCGUUACGCAGAGUUUUUGAGGGUUUCUGUAAGAGAACCGGCAAAGACAUGAAAUCUCUACGUUUCCUUUAUGAAGGAGAACGCAUCAACGAAGAUGAUACACCGCAGUCUUUGGAUAUGGAAAACGAGGAUCUUAUCGAAGCACUUAACCAGCAAGUAGGAGGCUUAUUUUACAGACAGGGGUGA